AUGGACAACACGCCGCUCCACCCAGACAUCACCACCCUCCCACCCGACACGGGCCAGCGCCACGGCGACUUCCUCACCGCGAUCCCCUACAACCGCUCCAUGUACCGCACAACGCUCCUCCUCCGCCUCGCCUCGAUACUCGACGCCGUCAUCAUCCUUGGCGCCCUCGCCGCGCAGCACCCCGAGGACUACUACUACCUGGGCAACUGGGCCUUUGGGUGCCCCACUGCGGCCAUGGCGUGUCUCUGGAGCCUGGGUGAUAUAGCCGCGAUGCUGGUGCGCGAUCGCGGGUUCCGGUGGACGAAGAACGACCCGACGAAGCUGCCACGGAGUACCAAAUUCAGCUGGGGCAGUCCUGGCGGGCACGUCUCUGCGCAUUUGCUGAUUUGGACGCCGACGGUGGUGUUUAUGUGCAUUAUUACGUCGAAUUGGUUGCAGUAUGAGAACGAUUACAAUUUUGGACACAUGGAUCAACGACAUACGAAUGUUGUGGCCGCGUUGAUUUUCUUCAUGUUCAUCUUGACGAUGAUCCACUUUGCGCUCUUCAUCUUCGCCAUUGUCGACGUGGACAACGAGCGACGGCACUACUCGGACGUCGUCUUCAUCCCGAGGGGCGAGCUGUGCGAGAUGGUGCCCGUGCCGCCGACGACGCCGUGGGAGAUAUUCUCGCCGCGGAAGCUGCUCCUUUCCUAUUUUGCGAACCACUACGUUCGCUUCGUGCCCGGCGCAGACGGGACGGUGACGGUUGCCCGAGACUACAGCAGUCGGCAGGCGAGGUUCUGA